CGAAGGGGAAAACUGGAAGCUCCUGCUGGGGAGGCGGUAUGCCAUUCACCGCCUUCCAAUUCCACCAGCAGGGGCAGAAAUGCUUCUUAUCGGCAUAUCACUUUUCGAUAGGCUUUCAAUCGCAAACUUCCCUUUCAACCACGAGCAUGGCGGGCGCAUUUUCAGAGUGGCGCAAACUGCCAAUAGGCCUGAGUGAGAUUUGUAUCAAUACAACGUUGCGCUGUGGUCAAUCUUUCAGAUGGCAGCAUAUCCCCGAAAGCGAAGAAUGGCGUUGUGUGCUUUAUGGCAAGCUGCUAUCUCUGAAGCAGGACUCAUCAAAUAUCUAUUAUCGAGAUUACCGAUCACCCGCUUCGGCCUCUCUACUUACCCCUCCGAUCUCAGAAAUACCAUCUCGAGCACAAUCCGAAGGAGAGCCCACCGACAACAACGCGAAUGUAGACCAUUCGCAUGACGACCAUGUCCUUCGAAUUAUAAAACAUUAUCUCAACCUAUCCCUCGAUCUUUCCAAUCUCUACACCCAGUGGUCCGCCCAGGAUCCCAAUUUCAAGAAGAAGGCCGCCCAAUUCACAGGAAUCCGGAUAUUGCGCCAGGAUGCCUGGGAAGCGCUCGUGUCAUUCAUAUGCAGCAGCAACAACAAUAUUUCCCGAAUCUCCCAAAUGGUGGAAAAAUUAUGUCUCCAUUACGGACCGUUUGUUGCCAAGGUCGGCGAACGCGCAUACCAUGAUUUUCCUACUCCGGAGGCAUUGGCGGGCAAAGACGUGGAAAGCAAUCUCCGCAGCCUAGGUUUUGGAUAUCGGGCUCGAUAUAUCUACCAAACGGCCGUCAUGGUCUCUCAAGAAAGAGAGGCAGGGUGGUUAAAUAGCCUUUGCAACCCGGAGUCCCCAGCUUUCGGAGUGGAAGCAAUGUCCGGCGAUGAAAUGAAGCCCGAGGGUCGGCAAGGUUACCGUGAUGCUCAUGAGAAACUUCUUGAUCUACAAGGUGUCGGGCCAAAGGUAUCUGAUUGCGUGUGCUUGAUGGGCCUCGGAUGGGGCGAAUCAGUACCGGUUGACACUCAUGGUAAGUCGCUCAAAGUUCCUGUCAAAUGAAUUGUCUAAUUUUCGAGUAGUAUGGCAAAUCGCACAGCGAGACUACCGAUUUGGCAAAAGCUCCAAUAAAUCGCUCACGAAAGGGACUUAUGACGCCGUAGCCAAUCACUUCCGCAAGCUCUGGGGCCAGGAGGCAGGAUGGGCUCAUAGUGUGCUCUUCACGGCAGACCUACGGUCUUUCGCAGAUCGACUUGCAGCAACGAAAAAAGUCGAUGUGUCAGUGAAAGAGGAGGGCUCGGAGAUCAAAAUCAAGACCGAGGUGUCAACUGCAGUGGCAUUGACGGCGCCUAAAGAAGAGACUGUUGAUAUAAAGGUCGAGGAUUCGGAGAGCAAGCCUGCUACGAAAGCGGCCAGAGGCAAGAAACGGAAGAACUCGACAGAAGCUAUCGUGCAUGCAGCUCAGACGACAGUGACCAGGAGAGUGUCCAAGAGAUUGCGUCGAUGAAAGAUUGCUUAAUACCCUAGGCAUGCUCUCUAUCUACCAGAGGCAAACUAUGUACAUUACAAUUGAAUAUAGAGAUGUCCGGAUGGACUUUACCGCAGAGCGAGAGAAGAUGUAUAUAAGAAGCUUUUCAUUGCUGGUGUUCCUAACUGUUUGUACCAAGUUCGACAUAUACUAUCCGUAUCCUAGAAGCAAAGUCAGCAAGACUGUCUUCUAAUAUGAAUGACAAGUGUGUAAAAGCCAUUUGACAUAUUCAGAAGUCCAGUUAGAUCAUCGAAGACGCAUCCGAAAAUACGCCUUCUGACAUAAGAGGUACCAGAAAAAAGUAAAAAAUGUGUUUUUCAUCAUUAAAGGGGUGGCGGGCGAAGGAAAGCAGAAGAGUGACACUGACCGUAUAGAGGAAUAAUGAGAAGAUCGAAUGGCGUGAAUAGGACAACGAGACUCGGAUCUCAUCCGCAGGAAGUUGCAGGAAACAUUAAUCCAAAACACGAACCCCAAAGAAAGAGAUCCAAGCCGUCGUUCUGUG